GGACCCAAAAAGAGGGGCAAGCGACCAGCAAGACUCUCCGUACAGUUGCUCCAAACAGCCGCCACGACGGAUAGGCCCCGAGAUCUCCUGCUGAUUCAGCAGGCCAAGCCCGCAGGCAGCAACAACAGCAGCAGCAGCAGCAGCAACAACAGCAACAGGGCCUCGCCCGGUGGCAGCCACACGUACAUCGAUGCGGACGCCGCCACCGCCGCUGCCGUGGCGAGCCUGCGCAGCAAGGUGCCCUCCAUAUCGAUAAUCCCGCUGCCGGUGUCCACCACGAUCGUGACCAGAAGUGGCCCGGCAACCCAGACCAGCCAGACCACCCAGCCGCCGCAGCUAACGCAUGUUCGCAGCACCUCCAACAAGGCCACAGCCACAUCUCCGCCUCUGGCCUUCCUCUCGGAUGCAGGUGGCUCCGGAGCUGCCGCCACUCCCGCACUGGCGAUCCUGCAACGACCGCAGCAGCAGCACCAGUACCAGCAGACCGACAAGUGCACCGUGCUGAAGCUGGACAUGCUGAAGCACUCGGUGGCCACCACCAGCACCACCACCAGCAGCUCCACGAGCACCACCAGCGCCACGUACCUGCAGAUAGAACAGCAGCUGAGCGAACUGGAGGCCGCCGACGAGGAGGAGGAGAACAUGGCCAACCUGCUGGGGAGCGCGCCGCCGGCCCAGAUCCUGGCCAACCAGCCCAUCAUCGUGAAGAUCGAGCCGACCCAGGCCUUCCACAUCGUGGACGAGGGCGAUACGCGGGUGCUCAGCCUGCCCCUUAGCGAUGCCGACAAGCUGGGGGCCAGCUGGAUCGACCUCAAGGACAUUGCCGGCCUUCAGGCGGGCAGCGGGGCCACGCUGCUGGAUGUGUGCUUCGAGCAGACCAAUGAGGACGGCACCAUCAUAGCCACGGUCCAGCCCGAUACGGAUACGGAGCUGGAGCUGGAGGCGGAGCUGCAGGCUGAGCUCGAGGCGGACGAUGAGACGGACCAGGAGCCGCCGGCCCCCAAGAGAGUGGCCAGGCAGCAGCCGGCGCGAACGCAGCUCAAGUACAUGUCUGAGCCCCCGGCCCUGGCCAGGUCGAGCAGCUUCAGCAGCCUGAGCAGCUUCAGCAGCAUCAGCAACAUCAGCUCCGUCUGCAAGACCAUGACCAGCAACACCAGCGAGAGCACCAUCAGCAAUCCCGUCAUCAUCAGCAACCAGCAUCCCAAGGGGCGGGACCGGCCCAAGGAGCGAACGCCACCGCCAAUGUCGCUGCUCAUCGCACAGAAGCCCGCUGCAACGACAGCACAGGGAACAUCUGCCACAUCUGCCACAUCGGCCAGAGAGAGCCACGGCAGCAGCAGCAGCACCAGCAGCAAUGCCAUGACAGCUCAAAUUGAGAUAAUUCCAUGCAAAGUCUGCGGCGAUAAGUCAUCGGGAGUGCACUACGGCGUGAUCACCUGCGAGGGCUGCAAGGGGUUCUUCCGCCGCUCGCAGAGCUCCGUCGUCAACUACCAGUGUCCGCGCAACAAGCAAUGUGUGGUGGAUCGCGUUAACCGGAACCGCUGUCAAUACUGUAGACUGCAAAAGUGCCUAAAGCUGGGAAUGAGUCGGGAUGCUGUAAAGUUCGGCAGAAUGUCCAAAAAGCAGCGCGAGAAGGUCGAGGAUGAGGUGCGAUUCCACCGCGCCCAGAUGCGGGCCCAGAGCGAUGCGGCUCCGGACAGCUCCGUGUACGACACGCAGACGCCUUCGAGCAGCGACCAGCUGCACCACAACAGCUACAACAGCUACAGCGGCGGAUAUUCAAACAACGAGGUGGGCUACGGCAGUCCCUACGGCUACUCGGCCUCGGUGACCCCCCAGCAGACCAUGCAGUACGACAUCUCGGCGGACUACGUGGACAGCACCACCUACGAGCCGCGCAGUACAAUAAUCGAUCCCGAAUUUAUUAGUCAUGCGGAUGGCGAUAUCAACGAUGUGCUGAUCAAGACGCUGGCGGAGGCGCAUGCCAACACAAAUACCAAACUGGAAGCUGUGCACGACAUGUUCCGAAAGCAGCAGGAUAUAUCGCGCAUUCUCUAUUACAAGAAUCUGGGCCAGGAAGAACUCUGGCUGGACUGCGCCGAGAAGCUGACGCAAAUGAUACAGAAUAUCAUUGAAUUUGCGAAGCUCAUACCGGGAUUCAUGCGCCUGAGUCAGGAUGAUCAGAUAUUACUGCUGAAGACGGGCUCCUUUGAGCUGGCGAUUGUUCGCAUGUCCAGACUGCUAGAUCUCUCACAGAACGCGGUACUCUACGGCGAUGUGAUGCUGCCCCAGGAGGCAUUCUACACGUCCGACUCGGAGGAGAUGCGUCUGGUGUCGCGCAUUUUCCAAACGGCUAAGUCGAUAGCCGAACUCAAACUGACUGAAACCGAACUGGCGCUGUAUCAGAGCUUAGUCCUGCUCUGGCCAGAGCGCAAUGGAGUGCGUGGUAACACUGAAAUACAGAGGCUUUUCAAUCUGAGCAUGAACGCAAUAAGGCAGGAGCUGGAAACGAAUCAUGCGCCGCUCAAGGGCGAUGUCACCGUGCUGGACACACUGCUGAACAAUAUACCCAAUUUCCGCGACAUCUCCAUCUUGCACAUGGAGUCGCUGAGCAAGUUCAAGCAGCAACAUCCGACCGUGGUAUUCCCGGCGCUGUACAAGGAGCUGUUCUCAAUAGAUUCGCAGCAGGAUCUGACAUAACAAGAACAGCAACAGCUCAUGGAGACGUCCGCGGAUGAUGUUGCUGAGGAUGUGGGUGCCACGGGGUGUACCCUGCCCCAUGAACCUGCCCCUGCCCCUGACCCUGCCACGCAGCAGUCGCUGCUCGUGGACUGAUCACAGGACAGCAGCAGGAAAAAUAGCAACAGCAGCAAAUACAACAACUUUAUCAUGAUUUAAGCUAGCAUACAACCAAGGAUGUGAUCCUCGCCAAGGACUCACUUAAAAAAAGAACUCUAUAUAUAUAUGCAUAUAUACAUUAUAUAUGACA